GAGCGCGGUUCUUCUUUGAUUGGAGGAAGUACGACAAAUACAAAGAAAGAUGGCCGAAGUGGUGGAGCUACAGAAGCUGAAGCUUGCUGAACUGAGGCAGGAGUGUGAUGCCCGAGGUCUGGAAACCAAGGGAAACAAAGGGGACCUGAUUGCUCGACUGCAAGCCUACCUGGACGAACAUGAAGAAGAUGUGGAUGUCGAUGAUGUGCUGGCAGAGGAUGCAGAGGAAUUCACUAAAGUCGAGACUGAUAAUAGCGUAAAGGAUGACAAGGAUUCCGAGUCUGUUGAGAGUCCAACACCUACCGAAAAGAAAGUGGUGAAAAUAUCUCCUCCAGCAUCUGCCAGUGAUAAACUCCAGAAGAGAGCUGAACGCUUCAGCGUGCCUGCAUCAGCUGAAAGCAAAAAGGCUGUACGCGCAGCAAGGUUUGGUUUACCUACAGAUGCUGCCAGUCCAUCUCCAGGUCUUGUGGCUAACAGUAAAGCGGCUGUGGAUAUUGACCAGCUGAAGAAGAGAGCAGAGCGAUUCGGCAUGAAUGUUUCAUCCAUUUCACAGAAGGUGGAAGAGGAUGAAAAGCUGAAAAAAAGGAAGGAGAGAUUUGGGAUCUUAACAAGUGCAGGUUCAGCUGGCAAAGCUGAUGUUGAGGCAAAGAAAGUGAAGAGGGCUGAACGUUUUGGAAAAGUGUAAAUAAUGUUUUAGAGUUUGCUUUUUUUUGCAUCAAAAUAACUAAAUAAAAAUUUGUUAAGAAGUUUGUUUUUUGUAAAACCAUUUACAUGACUGGACAGCAGAGAUCCAAGAAGAUGACAAAUGUCAGGAUUCCUGUGAAUUUAAAUAUAGAAUCAAAUACAAAGACAAAGGGGAUGAGCUGAAUCAUUUAAAUGGUUUGGAAAACAAACAAGUAGUUCUUAAUUGUUUACUGAUGUCGGUGGAUAUAAUUUCGUCAAUCAUUAUUUGAGAACCAUUUUUUUCAGUUCUCAUUAGCAGCUAUUUCAUUUCAAUAAUCAUUUUAAUUUGUCUGCUUUUUAUAUAAGAGUCAUGGUAUGGGUUCUUGUGUGUGGUAGAUGUCAUAUAUUUGUAAAAUGUUACCCAUCAUACCCUCUUCUACAACAGUUUUUUGGUUUGCUCCUCCAAGCUGCAGUGAAAUCCAUUUAUUGAGUCUUCAAUGUUUCUAGCUGGUGAGUAGAGCAACAUCUGCAGCUGCUUCACAGUAAAAUGCCUUCCAGAUGUUUUGGGGGAUGAUAUCUUGUCUCAACAAAUCUGUUAUCUUACAAUCUAAAAAAAUAAUAUUCUUAAUUAAACGUCUUCAUAUUUCAUGAAUCACUUGGGUCGUGUGAUAUCUGAAGUCUCCAAGAACAAUUAAAAAUCUAAAUUAGAACUAUUAUUAGUCACAAUUAAAUGAAAGACCCAACAGAACAGAAAUCCACACUAAUGUAGCAUCCCUUGCACUAACAUGUGUAUUGUUUAAAAUGUCCUCUCCAUCAUACCUGCAACUGGAUUAGUGGUGAUUAGCAUAAAGACAAGCGAGGGAAGCUGAACUACAGUUAUAAUGCCUGUAUUUAUCACAGACAAAGCAGUUAAUUAUUCAGUUGAAUGUAAAUGGUAUAAUUCACUUCAUUUGACUGUACUUUUGAUUUAAUGGAUAAUGUGUUAUUCUUUGUUCUGUUUGGGGGUUUUCUGGGCGGGGGAUUCUGUUUGCCUACUGAUUUGGUUCUCUGCACAGUUUCUAAUGUUUAUGGGAUUUAAAAUAAAUAGUUUUGAAUUCUA